AUGAUAAGAAGAAAUGCAAGAUUAAGACAAGAGUAUUUAUAUAGAAAAGGAUUGGAGGGUCAAGCUAAAGAAGAUUAUGAAAAGAAAAGAAAGAUUAAAAAAGCAUUAGACGAAGGUAAACCAAUCCCAACAGAGUUGGUAGAUUUUGAAUUCAAACACAGAGAUGAAAUUAAAUUGGAUAAAAUAGAUCAAGAAAAAUCACCAUCCUCAAUCGAUGAUGAAUAUGCUCGUGCAGGUAUUCAAGAUCCUAAAGUUUUUAUUACAACAAGUAGAGAACCAUCAGCAAGACUUAUUCAAUUUAGUAAAGAGUUAAAGAUGAUGUUCCCAAAUUCACAAAAAAUGAACAGAGGUGCACACGUUAUGAAAGAACUUGUUGACGCAUGUCGUGCAAAUGAUGUUACAGAUUUAGUUAUUGCACACGAACAUCGUGGUGAACCAGUUGGUUUAGUAGUUUCACAUCUCCCAUAUGGACCAACAGCAUAUUUCGAAAUUAAAAAUUGUGUUAUGAUCCACGAUAUCGAAGACUCAUCUCCACCAUCUUUAGCAUUCCCACAUUUAAUUUUUAAUAAUUUUACAACUCCAUUAGGUGAAAGAACUGAAAAUAUAUUAAAAUAUUUAUUCCCAGUACCAAAAGAAGAUAGCAGAAGAGUUAUUACUUUUUCAAAUGAUAACGAUUUUAUUUCAUUUAGACAUCAUCUUUAUGAAAAGGAUGGUCACAAAAAUAUUAUAUUAAAAGAAAUAGGCCCAAGAUUCGAAUUAAAAUUAUACAAGAUUCAAUUAGGUACUGUAGAACAAGACGAAGCCGAUCUCGAAUGGGUUUACAGACCAUACAUGAAUUCUAGCAAGAAUAGAACCUUUAUAUAA